AUUUAAUUUCCUUAAUACAAUUGUGAUCUGAGCCUAUAUUUUAUCUCAAAGCUUUGAGGUUAAAGUCACAUCUUCCUGGACUUGUGUACAUAUCAUAUAUACACAUAUAUUUUGUUCUAAAUAAUUAAGAAUGAAUCGCAUGCGUAAUCAUCAUUUUUAUUGUUAUUUGUGCUACCAAUGUUAUGAGGGGUUCCGCUCUCCUAAUGAAGUCACCUCAUGCCAUCAAUGUCAUUCUCAAUCUUUGUAUGAGAUUCAAAGCAUUACAUUCUACCUUGGGGAUAUCGAAAACCAUCGAGCACCCCCGCUAGUUGGGCAAUGGCAGUCGAGAUAUCACAAAAGGGCAGAUCCAUUGGUAAUGUUUCAGCGGCCUGGAAAUGUGAUUUGUUUAAUAUGGCGAGGAAAAGGUGAGCAACCCCGAACCACUGGAUGGAAAGGUGGGCCGGGGCAGCUUCAAACCGCCAUUGAACAGGUAAUGAAAUGCGGUCAAUUGUAUUGGUGCUACCAUUGUCGUAAACUAGGUCAUACAAGAGAAACCAAUGGCGUCGAAUCAAUAAUGACUCCUCUUACUCCUACAACUCCUGAGAUCAUGCGAUGUCAUGAAUGCUUAGGUGAAAGAGCAGUCAGAUUCAUGGAUGCGACAAUUGACAACCAUGACCCCAUUUAUUGGUGCUAUGGAUGUCGUAAACCUUAUUAUGUUGGAGGAAUAGUCCAAUCCUCUUCCUCUUCCUCUUCCUCCUCAUCCUCUUCUGAGCCGUUCUGUCCUCGGUGUAGGGGCGAGCAUCUCAUGUCACGGGUGCGAAUGCAAAGGAGCCUCAUCAUCCACGGGGAUGCCGAAACAGACUCACCAACCGACGGUACAAGUACUGAAUUUAGCUGGUCUGCGAAACCUUUAAGCCACGCGUGGUGGGUGCAAGACCAAAGAGAGUAUUUUUGGGGUCGUGAUGCAGCGCUGGGUCAAGUGCAACUCAAUCACAUCCUAGGAACAAUACAUGAGAAAGAACCUUGUCCUCCUCGAGGCGGCAGCCCGCCCACCGCGGAACUAGCGAAUGCGACAACCGCCGGUGCUGCUAGCAAUUCGGAAUCACAUCGGGCACCCGACCAAGAGGUCCAAGAAAGUAGAACAUGUUUGGAAGAGCUGAGCGGGAAGGGAAUGAAAGGUUGCUCAAACCUAAACCUAAACCUAGGAGGAGAUGGAGGAUUAAAGUUGUUGGCGUUGGUGGCUGCUUUUAUUGGUGGCCUUUUAUUAGAGCGUAUAUGCUCCUUAAAAUUGAAUUGGUGAAGACUGGUGGUCCUUCUACAUAGUACAUACAUGCACACGAGCUCGUGCAGUCAUGCCCCUAGUUUAAUUUAUGUACAUAUAUUAUAUAUUCAUGGAAUUAUAUUGAUCGAAUAUAUUGUACGUCGUUCUAAGCGAGUUUAUAUUACAUAUAAGUAUGUAACCCUUAUCAAACACAAUAAAA